GGCGCAGGGGCGCAGCCCGAGUCCUGGCGAGUGCCUGUGCUUCCGGCUCGAAUUGGUUUCUCUCUAUCCGCUUUCGUUAUGUCCGAGACUGCGCCUGCCGCGCCCGCUGCUCCAGCCCCUACCGAGAAGACCGCCGUAAAGAAAAAACCUCGCAAGUCUGCAGGUGCCGGGAAGCGCAAAGCGUCUGGGCCCCCGGUGUCCGAGCUCAUCACCAAGGCCGUUGCCGCCUCCAAAGAACGCAGCGGCGUAUCGCUGGCCGCGCUCAAGAAGGCGCUGGCGGCCGCCGGCUACGACGUGGAGAAGAACAACAGCCGCAUCAAAUUGGGUCUCAAGAGCCUAGUGAGCAAGGGUACCCUCGUGCAGACCAAGGGUACUGGCGCCUCGGGUUCUUUUAAGCUCAAUAAGAAGGCAACUUCUGGGGAGGCCAAGCCUAAGACCAGGAAGGUGGGUGCAGCCAAGUCCAAGAAGCCUUCGGGAGCGGCCAAGAAAGCGAAGAAGACCACGGGGUCGACCACCCCCAAGAAAAGCGCCAAGAAGACUCCAAAAAAGGCGAAGAAGCCUGCGGCGGCUGCAGGAACCAAAAAGGCAAAAAGCCCGAAAAAAGCGAAAGCAGCCAAGUCCAAGAAGGCGCCCAGAAGCCCAGCGAAGGCCAAAGCGGUGAAGCCCAAGGCGGCUAAGCCAAAAGCUGCCAAACCCAAGGCAGCUAAGCCGAAGAAGGGGUCAGCCAAAAAGAAAUAGGAAGUCCUUUGGCCAACUUGUUUCAGAAGCUCAACACAACCCAAAGGCUCUUUUCAGAGCCACCCCCAUAUCUCAGAAAAAGAGCUGUUGCACUUUAAGGGGGCGUGGCUGGAGAAUGCUACAAAUGAGGGGUGGACCCCCCAGGAAGGGAAAA